AUGCCACCAAAUGUUUCGGACGGAGGCGGCGCACGAUCAGGAGAGAGCAGCCAGGAAUACGGGCAAAGCGAUGAGUUUAGUGCAGUCGAAGUUUCCGAGGUUUCUACCGACGCCUUCAAUCAGGCCGCUGCACGUCGAGGGAAAGAGUUCCUUCACAGUCAAAUGAAACAAGACUACUACAGAACCCUCGACGAGUUCAAAGCUGCGGAGGCCGAGUUGAUGCAACGCACAUUCGAGUACGCCGACGCGGAGUCCAAAGUGGCGCGAAUUAAGAUCAAAUUGCUCAAAAUCUUGGUAGAUAUGAAGAGCUUUUCCAUGGAUGUGUAUGCAAAUGCGACUCAGACCGGAGAUCCAACCACCACCCCUACCCGUUCGGAGGCUCGAGAAAAUCAUCGGGAAUACCGUCAGUCGCAAAACCCCCAACCAAGGCAACAAGGUAAUUGA